GAUUGGUGACUUUUCAACCAACAAAAUAGGUUUUGGGUUUCCCCAAAAACCCAAUACCCAAACAUGAACAGUACUACUUUCCAGCUGAAAAAUAGUAGAGAGAAAAAAGAGAGAGAUACACACACUCCAAUCUCCCCAAUUUGGUAAAAGCAGUAAAUUCCCUGGCAACCAAUAUCAUCUCUCGUUUCUUCUUUAUAUCUCCCACUUUAUCAUAUUUCCGACCGGGCCCCUCUCUCUCUCUAUAUGGAUCUGUAAUGUAUAAUCAAACGAUGGCGCCUUAACGAGGAGAAUAGAAAUUAAUUAUGGCAAGAGAGAAGAUUCAAAUCAAGAAAAUCGACAACGUGACGGCAAGGCAAGUCACCUUCUCCAAGAGAAGAAGAGGCCUUUUCAAGAAGGCUGAAGAGCUCUCAGUCCUCUGCGACGCCGAUGUUGCCCUCAUCAUCUUCUCUUCCACCGGAAAGCUUUUUGAGUAUUCUAGCUCCAGUAUGAAGGAGAUACUCGGAAGGCAUAAUUUGCACGCCAAAAACCUUAACAAGUUGGAGCAGCCUUCCCUCGAGCUGCAGCUAGUAGAGGAUAGCAACCAUGCCAGGCUAAACAAAGAAGUGGCUGACAGAACCAAUCAGCUUAGGCGCAUGAGAGGCGAAGAUCUUCACGGAUUAACUAUUCAAGAGCUGCAGCAGCUGGAGAAGUCACUUGAACUUGGCCUAAGCCGCGUCAUUGAUAAGAAGGGUGAGAAAAUCAUGAAUGAGAUCAGUCAACUUCAAGAAAAGGGAAUGCAGCUCUUGGAAGAGAACAAACGACUACAGCUGCAGGUGAUAGAUUUAACAAAUAAUGGGGCAAGGAGAGCGGCGAUAACUGCAGAGUCGGAUACUAUAAUGUACGAGGAAGGGCAGUCGUCUGAGUCCUUCACGAACGCUGGCAACUCCUUCGGCCCUCCACAAGAUUAUGACAGCUCGGAUACAUCCCUUAAGCUUGGGCUGCCUUACAAUGGGUGAUGAAACUCAACUUGGAAGAGUUGGUGGCUAAUUUACCAGAUGAUGACUUAUUUUAAUGGAAUUUUAAAACUAACUACAAGCUCAGCUAGAGCAAUAUGUAGACUCUUGUGAGGUGCAUAUUAAUUCUAUGUUUAUGUAUCCUAUAUGUAUGUACAAGCAAAUUUAAUUAUCUAGACUUCUCUUGACGACAAA